CUGGCACAACAGUCAGUCACUGGCAGUCUGGCAGACAGCUGUCACCGUCGCCGCUCGGGAAGGCUGUUGGAAGACUUCUUCUUUCUGCGCGAUAAUUUUGUCAUCAAUUUAAUUGUGCACCAAAACUAAAGGGAGUUUUAUUUGGCAGUGGAUUCUCACUGAAUCUCGUUCCACUGUCAAGCUAAAGAUAAUGACUGGAAUUCGACAAAGGAUAGUUACUGUGUUCAAUAGUGGAUCAAAGAGCGAACAUAUUUGCAUUCAAUCGAAAAUGGAACUGGGAGGCAGUCUUACUUUGCAGUGACCCGAAAGUGAAUUAUUUUUCUUUGCAGUAAACUGAGAAAGAAUUCUUACAAGUAUAUCUGUCUUAAACCUGAAUACUGUUUCGCUGUCAGCAAAAAGUGAACUAAAAAUUCAUAUCGAGUUGCGAUUGGUAUCUGAAAAGUUCAUUGGAAAAGUGUCUGGUACACUUCAAGAUAGUUACGGCUGAAAACAAAGUUAUUAUGUAAGAGAUUACAUUCAGUGGCAUAGAAACUUGCGCACAAUAUCAUUGGUAAAAUGAGGAGAAUCAAGGAAUAUAAUCUUCGGUCAAAGUUGAAGAUAAAAAACGCUUUGGUUCGCGAUUUUAUCGCCGAGUUUCUUGGAACUUUCGUCCUAAUACUCUUUGGAAAUGCGUCCGUUGCCCAGAUGGUCUUGACGAACAAAGUCGGGGGCGACGUCUUCGCCGUCAACUGGGCAUGGGGCAUCGCCGUCAUGUUGGGUAUAUUGACUAGUGGAGGGAUCUCGGGCGGGCACAUCAACCCGGCAGUGACCUUGGCAUUCGCCAUUUGGGACAGACUGCCCUGGUUCAAAGUACCCGUUUAUCUUCUGGGUCAAUAUGCUGGGGCUUUCGUUGCCUCUUGCCUUGUUUAUGCUGUUUAUUUUGAUGCUCUUCAUCAUUACGAGCCAUCCAGGAGUCUGGCAACGGCUGGUAUCUGGGCAACGUACCCGGGCAGUAUGACGAACAACAACGGCACGAUAGUCUCCGGAUUCCUUUCUUUCGCCAAUGGGUUUGGAGAUCAGGUGCUGGGUACGGCUACCCUCUUGUUCUGCGUGUGUGCCAUCACAGACUCCAGGAACAUGGAGGUGCCCAAGCACCUGAUCCCUCUCUCCAUCGGAUUGCUUGUCUUCAACAUGGGGAACUGCUUUGGCUUCAACUGCGGAUGCGCUCUCAGUCCCGCCAGGGACCUCGCUCCGAGGCUCUUCACGCUGAUUGCUGGAUGGGGGGAGGACCCCUUCACGGCCAGUACCCGGGAGGGCAUACCGUGGUGGUGGGUGCCCGUAGUCGCUCCACACAUAGGCGCCAUUUUGGGAGUGGGCAUCUAUGUAUUGUUCAUCGAAAUGCAUCACCCUGACCUGGAAGACCAAUCUGAAAGCCAGGUCAUCUCUCUGGAGGAUAUAAACACUAAGGGAACUUCACCAAAUAAUGUGAUACGAGUUAGUGUUAUUGAAGCACCAGAGAAACUUAUUUGUUGAACAACGCCUCAGGAUCAUCGGUAAUUGCCGUCUGGAAACAGCUAUAAAUCUACUCAAAAUGAGCUGCUGCUUUGCAAGAAGAUAGGACUAAUUUCAUGUACUCAUUUUGUAAUAAUUCAGUGAACACAUUUGAUAACUAUUACCUUUUAACUACAUCCAGCGCAGUCAUGCAUUGCAUAGCUGUGUCUUUUGCCAAAUCAUCAUUAUUUUCCUUUGUACAAAUUUUAAACACAUGCUGUAUUUUGUUUAUAAAAUAUUGUAUGUGUUCCGACAGAGUAA